GGGGGCGGGGCCUGGCGCCGGCACGGAGGGAGGCGGCCGGUCGGCGGACGUGGCCCGGCUUCUCUGCCUCUCGCGCUCUCUGGGUCUCUCCGCGCCGCCAUGGCCGCUGCUCUGUGCCGCGGCGCCUCCCCCCGCCCCGGCCCGGCGCGGCGGCUGCUGCUGCUGCUACUCGGAGGCCUCCUGUGCGCGGCCCCGGCGCGGGGCGACGCGGAGCCGGACCCGGACCCGGAGCUGGAUCCGCACGCGCGGCACCGUUACAACGCCGAGAUGCUGCGCCACGGCGCCCAGAGCGCCCCGCACUUCGUCAUGUUCUUCGCCCCCUGGUGUGGACACUGUCAACGUCUACAACCAACUUGGAAUGAUCUGGGAGACAAAUACAACAACAUGGAAAAUCCAUCAGUCUAUGUUGUAAAAGUGGAUUGCACUAUAGAUACUCCACUCUGCUCUGAAUUUGGAAUCAGAGGAUACCCCACCCUAAAGCUGCUUAAGCCAGGCCAAGAACCUGUGAAAUACCAGGGUCCUAGAGACUUUCAGGCACUGGAAAGCUGGAUGUUGCAGACACUAAAUGAGGAACCAGCUGAGCAAGAAUCUGAUCUGCAACCACCAAAACUUCCAGAACCUAAACAGGGAAUGCAUGAUCUCUCAGCAGCCAAUUUCAAGAUGCAUAUAGCAGAAGGUAAUCACUUUAUCAAAUUCUUUGCCCCUUGGUGUGGCCACUGCAAGGCUUUGGCUCCAGCCUGGGAACAGCUGGCCUCAGUUCUUGAACAUUCUGAAACUGUCAAGAUUGGCAAGGUUGACUGUACACAGCAUUAUGAAGUCUGUUCUGAAAACCAAGUUCGUGGAUAUCCCACCCUCCUCUGGUUUAGGAAUGGUGAAAAGGCUGACCAGUAUAAAGGAAAGAGGGAUUUGGAUUCAUUAAAGGAAUAUGUCGAUUCUCAGCUACAAAAUGCUGAGAAAGCCCCAGAUGCUGAUAAGCCAUCUGAAGUUCCACAGCAGCCUGCAGAACCCCCUCAUGAUGAGGCUACAGUCCUGUCUCUCUCUGAAAAAGACUUUGACCAAACCAUUGCUAAAGGGGUUACCUUUAUUAAAUUCUAUGCGCCAUGGUGCGGUCACUGUAAGAACUUGGCUCCAACUUGGGAGAACCUCUCCAAAGAACAAUUUCCAGGUUUGACAGAUGUCAAAAUAGCAAAAGUAGAUUGCACCAUCGAACGUAACGUCUGCAACAGAUUUUCUGUGAACGGUUAUCCAACACUGUUGCUUUUCCGAGCAGGGGAGAAAGUCAGUGAACACAAUGGAGCCAGAGAUCUUGAAACGCUGCAUAAGUUUGUUUUGCGUCAGGCAAGGGAUGAAUUGUAAAACACACAUGGAUACUUCUGCCCUGACUGUUCUUGUACACUAAUGGGGAGAGUUAAAUCAAGUUAAUGUUAUUGAUUUUCAAAGGGCGGGGUUGGUUUUUUGUUGUUUUUGAAAACUGAAUGUACUGACUUGUGGUAUCUUCCUUGUGUGUGUGUUUUAAAGCCACACCGUACUGACUUUUUCAUUGUUUGUCAAGGAAAACUGGUAACAAGUAGUUACUGUGCAAAUUGAGUAUUUUCAGCAUCAGUAUUACUACAUUUCUACCUUCCCUGUUGAGAUAUAAAUGGUUUCCUUUGAGCCUAAAAUAGAUGAGGAAAAUCAAGUUAAGGGACUGGGUAAACUAUUUUUGUCUUCAGGUUGAAUUUGGGUAAAGGCUUGCUACCAAAGUACAGCUUAUAAAGUGCUCACCAUUACUAGAAAGGUGCAAGCCACAGCUGUAUUAAUAAAUGUUGCCUUUUCAACUGAAGCUAAAAACUCUGUCUUAAUAUAGCAGCUAGUCAAAAAUUGGGAGGUUGAAAAAGAAAACACACCCCUUUGGAAGAUACCAGGCCACUGCUAGCUGCUUGUUUCCUGUUCAUAUUUCUCUAGUCAUGGGAGGCCCUAGCCAUAAUGAAAGUAGUGGUACUUUUACUAUGUGCCUGAAUAUUACUGAUGCCAUAGGAGAUGGGGGAUUUUAUAACAGUUCAAACAGGACACUUCUCUUCACUGCUAGAGGAGAGGAUGCUAUCAUAACAACCACUUCAUUAUUUUCCAAGAGAUGUCUACCUCUUUAACACAUUUAGAAACAACUGGUUGCAAAUAAUUUUCUGUACCAUAUUUCUCUUGCCCCAGUUUACUGCUAGAACCACUCAUCUGACUUAAGCAGCAGGAGCAGCUGAACUCAUGGGGUUUAUUUAAUAAGCAGAUUGAUACUUCAAAACUGUUUCUUGUUCCUUAAAAUGAGAAGCAAAACUCCUCUUCAAUACCACUGCAAUUCAGUUCCUGUUGCUACCUUUGAAUGGGAGGACCAUACACAUUGUUGCCUUGAAUGAUGACCUACCUGAUUGUGUGAGGUGUUCUAAUACAUUAAAGCCAAAGAAUUUACAAUGCAGACACCGUUAGUUUGCUAAUGUAGCUGAUCUUUUCUUCUAAAGGGCUAAAUUCUGCCCUCAUUCAUGCAUCAAAAUUCAUUGACAUCUCUGGGAAUUUCAUGUGUCAGCACUUUGCUCUAAGUCAAGUUGUUGUUUUGUGUCCAUAUGUAAUAGUGAAAAUUCUCUUUAAAUCAGUAACUUACUCUUUCUGGCAAGGACCACAGGUUCUGUUCAAACUAAAAUUGGGUAAGCAUGGAAAGUGUACAAUGAGGGCUAAAUAUUAUAUGGCAGAUGUAUUAGAUAAAAUGUAUAGACAUCUGCCUUAAAGGAAGCCUUUAUUAAUGUUUUUUAAAACUCUUGUGAAGCACAAUCUCAUGAGUAGCCCCAGCUUUGGCUCAUGAGUUUCUUGUAUAAAAUCAAAGUAGUACAAUUGUUUACACUGAGACUUUCUAAAUAAAAACUUUUUUUAAAAAAGCCCAGUCUUUCUAUAAAUGUUACAGCACAAUGAUGACAACUGCAAUAAAUUAUAGCUUGUAUUUACAAGAAGCUUUUUUUAAAUGCAAGAGUUAGAGAUAAGUGCAUGUAAUACAAGUUUAACAUUGAUCAGAAAAUUCAUUGUUACUAUUAGCAUUGGGAAUAAAACUAAUCUAUUAGAAGCUAUGGCUAAAAUGUGAAUAUACCCUUUAAACCAACUUCUUAAAUGCAAUUUCCUUUUUGGCCAGAUAGUUUUACAUAAACUGCAUCUUCACUAAUAUGUCCACUCUCCAACACAGGAGCUGCUUCAAAAUUUCUGUAUAAACUUAAGUUGUAGAAUUGUCCUGAUUGCAGCUGCCUCUGUGGUGGUUCAGUUGAGGAGCAAAGAAUGUUUGGAAUAAAACAGAACAGGCUUAGUGGAUGCAUCGUGCAGGAGUUAUAGAAUCUAAACAAGGUGGGAAGCUGCACAAGAACAAAUUUAUAAAUUCACUGCCUAGUUGGAACAUUCAUCUCAAGAAACCAGGCAGGGAGUGGCUUUGUCCUUAUGUAACUAAUACAUGGUGCGGUUAAAUAUCUAGUCAAAUCUAUGGUUCAGCAUGUGUGUUUGGAGAAUGCAGAGGGUCAAAGGCUUCCUUUGGCACAACUGACGUUGCUCUUUAUCAAGUUGGCUUCUGGAAGAAACCACUCAUACUGAUGUAGCAACUAUUAAAUAGAAGGCACUUCCUAACAUUGGGGUUGUCCAACAUAAAAUGCAUGAUGGUAAGGUAUUAAAAGCAUAAUUUCUAUAUUUUACUACUACAGCUUUGCUUUUUGUCUACAGGAGACACUUUUUCAAGGCUUACAUGUAGCAGAUGGUGGUUUGGUAAAACUGAAGUGCAGACUGACCAACUGACAAGGUCAAGCUCCUGUUUUAAGUUUCUGCUACUCUCAGGGGAGUUUAAUACCAUACAGGGAAUGAUUGAAGCUAACAAAAUUUGUAGGGAUGGAUUUCGUUUUUGCAAGCCUUACAGUUCGUUUUUGCAGAUCAGAAAGGCCGCCAUGCUGUAGAUCAGUUUUUUGGUUUUUUUUUUAAAUCCAGCACCUGUUCCCAUUACAAAGUUGAGUACAUAUCAAUGAAGAAGUACCCUGCUGCUUCCUCUGAUGCGCCUUUGUUGACUUUCUCCAAGGUCAGGUAGGUAUAAUCUAGAAGUUCAUGGUAGAAUUGCACAGUAGGUCUGGAUGAAGAAUGUUUGUGCGUCAGUGACAUCCGCAUGCUCUUACUACCAUAUUCCUAUAUUUUUUCAAAAUGACAUUCGAGUUAUCAUCAAAGUAAAGAACUGAUAUGGCAUUUAGUUUGGUAGGUGCACAACAGGGUUUGGGAACGUAUUCAGGAUUCAUAAGAUGAACCUGUUUAAAAAAAGAAAACAAUUUGAUUGUACCAACUAAUCUGAUCUCCAACUUCACUUGUAGUUUAGCACAAGUCUUUCUAUAUACUCACCAAAGUUUGUACAAUGGCAUGAUUGGUGGCAUUCAUGUGUGCAUUGAGUGGGAAAGAACAUUCUCCAUCACAGUAGUUUGCUGCAUAGCCUUUUGGUGCAAUUAUCCAAUCCUUUGUUAGGAAAUAAACAGAAAAUAUUUCAGUGGAA